AAAAAAAAAAAAAAACUUCUAUUUUUGUAGGCAAAGGGGAAAAAUGAGUAAAAUAGGUGGAUGAUAGGCGUCGGUGAUCAGAAUUGAGGGUCGCCUCUUCCUUGAUCGAUGAUUCCACCGUCACAGAAUCCCAACGCUGCUCCACAAUUCCACUUGUCCCUAAUUUCCCAAUCCAUACCGCGAUUCGUCGCAUUGCAGUUCACGGCUGCCGCCCAUCUUUUCUUCCUCAUCUCCGCCGCUGCCGCUGCCGGGAUAUCCUACUCCGACCGUUGCGGCGACGUUGUGCGGGAUCAGCCUUUGCUUCCGGGCGACAAUCCCCCGCUUCUGAACCCUAGGUUCCUCGCUCUUCGCCACGCCCACGUCGAUUGCAAGACAAGCGACUGCCGCAAGGAUGGAAUCCCUGGUUCCCUGACCUUCUCCUCCCACAAGGCGUACCGGACCGCCAACGACGCCGUGUUCAAAAUUGAAGCGGUAUUGAGCCUGAACAAUGUCGGCCGCUCUCGCAAUUACACUCGGCGCGGGUUGCGCCUUGUGCAUUUCCGGCCGCCGCGGAUCCCGUUGCCUCCAGGUAAUUCCUGGAAUUCCGUCAGUUUUUCAUUGAAAGGGUUUUGGGAUUCGUUUUCGGGGAAGCUCUGCAUGGUCGGCUCUGGUUUUGGCAAACUGAGCUCCAAUCAUGUUGUUUUGAAGCUUGAUUACUUGAAUUCCUCCAAUAUUUUCAGUAGUUUAGUUAACGGCACUUUGGAGAAUGUGAAUGUGAGCGAAAGAGGUGGUUUUGACCUGAAAUUGGUAUCGAUAUUGGGCGUGAACUUGAGGAAUUAUAAGUACGAGUUGAUUGAUAAAGAGAAUCAAAGAAAUGUGUUUUCCUUGUUGGAUGAUAUGGCAAAUGUUUCUUUAGGAGUAGGGGAUUUGGGGCAGAAAGUGUGUGCCUAUGUUGUGUCUGCUGGAUUUGUUGAGCUGGAGUAUGAAAAGGAUUGCAAAAGUGGGAAUUGCAAUUUUCUUGGUAGAGCAAAUGCAGAUCUCCUGCCAAGUGUGAUGUACUUUAAUGAAAUUGAGUGUUUGGAGGAUGGUAGAGUGAGGUUCUUGUUGGGGUUUGGGGAUUCCGGGCAUAACGGAUAUCGUUUGCCAUUUGAACCAAAUAUGACCUUGGUUACCGAGGGGAGAUGGGAUGGAAAGGGAAAGAGGCUUAACAUGGUUGGUUGCCGUAUUUUUAGUGAUGGAGACGAGGGCUUUGUUGGGGAAUGUUUGAUCAGAGUAAGUUUGAGAUUUCCAGCUCGGUGGAGUUUGAGGGAGCGGAGCCCUGUUGUUGGUCAGUUGUGGAGUACUAGGAGUGCCAAUGAGUCUGGUUAUUUUGGGAGAGUUACCUUGUCAAGUAUAAAGAAUCGGCAUGUUAGGGUGACGCGUCUGAGGUAUGAGUACACAGAGAUUGACAAGACCAGGAGAUGUUGUGCGAAUAAGACGAUGCAGAAAGAGUUGGGGAGGAAGUACCCUAAUGCAUUAUCAUCUGAUAUGAGAUUUGACAUGGUUGCCCAGAAUCGGAGAGUGAAUGAUCUUUGGGGUUACUCUUCGCCACUUUAUGUAGCUAAUACGCCCUAUCAGUCAUCUCCCGUGUUUGGAAAGGGAUCCCGGCAAGAAAAGCAAAACAUUAGUGAUGCAAUCAUUAAUAUCAGCUAUGUACUGACUGUUGUAUCCUCUCAUUAUUUCAAGCUCAGCAAUGAACAUAUGCAAAUCAAAUCGUUCGACAUUUCUGCUGAAGGGACUUAUGACGCCGAAAGAGGGCAUCUCUGCAUGACUGGCUGCAUGCACAUUGGCCCGCCUAAGGCAAGAGUAGGGCGAAAUUCGUCGUUGGAUUGUGAGAUUUUGGUGGACAUACAGUAUGCUACACUUGAUGCAAGAGUUGCAGGUGUUGCGAAGGGAACCAUUGAAAGCAUGCGAGAAAAAUCUGACCAACUUUACUUUGAACCUUUUGAAAUAUUUUCGCAUUCAGUUUACGCAGGCCAAGCGAAAGACUCCAUAUGGAGAAUGGAUCUGGAGAUCACAAUGGUGCUGGUUUCCAACACGCUUUCGUGCAUCUUCAUUGGUCUGCAGCUGUUGCAUGUUAAGAGGCAUGCUGAUGUACUGCCCUUCAUUUCUGUGGUAAUGCUUAUUGUGCUCACAUUAGGUCAUUUAAUACCAUUACUCUUGAAUUUUGAAGCUCUCUUCACAACAAGCCACAACAAUAAGAAUGUUUACUUUGGUAGUGAUGGGUGGGUGGAAGUUAAUGAGGUAUUGGUGAGGGUAAUAACUAUGAUAGCUUUCCUACUCGAAUUUCGUCUCCUCCAAAUGAGCUGGGCUUCUUCAAGAUCUGGUGAUGGAAGCCAGAAAAACCUAUGGAUAUCUGACAAGAAAGUUGUAUAUUUGUGCUUGCCUUUGUAUAUUGCUGGUGCUUUAGUUGCUUGGUUCGUCCACCUAUCAAGACAGUCAGUUUUGAGGAGACAAUCUGUAUGGGGCGACCUCAAAUCCUAUGCUGGGUUGAUGUUGGAUGGCUUUCUGCUCCCUCAAAUUCUAUUCAAUUUAUUCUCCGAUUCCAAGGAGAAGGCUCUUGCCCCGUCUUUCUACGUAGGUACUACAUUUGUUCGCUUACUGCCACACGCGUAUGACCUCUACAGGCCGCGUAGUUCUAAUUGGUCGUUGAGUUACAUAUACGCGAAUCCAAGAAUGGACUACUAUUCGACUGCCUGGGAUAUCGUUAUAUCGGUUGGAGGUCUUCUAUUUGCUGUUCUAGUCUAUUUGCAGCAGCGGUUUGGUGGCCAAUGCCUUCUACCAAACAGAUCCACAUAUCAGAAACUCCCUGUGGCUACUCCAUAGAUUAUUAAAUGCUGCUAAACACAUUUCUUUCUUCUUUUUCUAUGUUUCCAUUUGGUAUUUUAGUUUGAUACUGUACAGAUAUUGUUAUCCUAUUAUUUGUUGGCUGUCUUAGAAUUGGAUGGAGAUUUUUUAGCUCAUCUAAA